UCUCAGACCCCCAGAGCCGAAGAGUCGAACAAGUGUGGCCUUAUAAAAAGACUGAGAAACAGCCACAAGGACGAUCAUUUCAAGGUGAAGGGUUGAAUGAGCUGCUGCCACAUUUGGAUGUAGAUCUGAGUCCUAAAGAAACGCCGCUUUCACUGUGAGGCGACCGCAGACCGGGCUCUCUCAGCUUUAAAAGUGGCAUGUUACGUGUCACCUGCACAGAGACGACAACAUGAAGGUGAAAGCUCUGCUCAUCAUCUGCUCCUGUCUGAUCCUGGGGAGCUCAGCGAAGGUCAAGUUCCCUGAACAAGAGAAGGAUCCAAAGUUUUGGAACACGUGGGCCCAGCAGACCCUGAAGAAUGCCAUGACGCUGCAAAAACUCAACCAAAAUCAGGCAAAGAAUCUCAUCCUGUUUCUUGGAGAUGGGAUGGGCAUUCCCACGGUGACGGCUGCUCGCAUACUGAAGGGUCAGCUGAACGGACAGAGCGGGGAAGAGACACAGCUGGAGAUGGACAAGUUCCCUUUUGUGUCUCUGUCCAAGACGUACAACACAAAUGCACAGGUGCCUGACAGUGCUGGCACAGCCACAGCUUACCUCUGUGGGGUCAAAGCCAACGAGGGCACGGUGGGGGUGAGUGCAGCAGCUGUCCGAUCCCAGUGUAACACCACACAGGGCAACGAGGUCACAUCCAUCCUCAAAUGGGCUAAAGAUGCAGGUAAGUCAGUGGGAAUAGUGACCACAACUCGGGUCAAUCAUGCCACUCCUAGUGCUGCGUACGCCCACAGCGUGGACAGAGACUGGUACUCCGACAACGAGAUGCCAGCCGAGGCACUGCAGGCUGGCUGCAAAGACAUCGCCAGACAACUCUUUGAAAACAUCCCUAACAUUGAUGUGAUUAUGGGAGGUGGAAGGAAGUACAUGUUCCCCAAAAACACAUCGGAUGUCGAGUACCCCGGUGUUCCAAAGCACAGCGGCACACGGAAGGAUGGGAGAAACCUGGUGCAGGAGUGGACUGACAAAAUGAAGGCUAAAAGAGGCCAUUAUGUAUGGAACAAGAAGCAGCUCUUAUCAUUGAACCCGAACAACGUGGAUUACUUAUUGGGUCUCUUUGAACCUGCUGAUCUGACUUAUGACUUGGAGAGGAACACUGAGACUGAUCCCUCACUGACCGAGAUGGUGGACGUGGCCAUCAACAUCCUGAAGAAGAACCCCAGUGGCUUUUACCUGCUGGUAGAAGGGGGACGUAUUGACCACGGACACCAUGAAGGAAAAGCAAAGCAAGCUCUGUAUGAAGCUGUGGAGAUGGACAGAGCCAUCGGCCGAGCAGGUCUAAUGACCAGUGACCACGAUACACUGACAGUAGUGACCGCUGACCAUUCACAUGUGUUCAACUUUGGAGGCUACACACCUAGAGGAAACACGAUAUUUGGUCUGGCCCCAAUGCUAAGUGACGUCGACCAGAAGCCCUUUACCUCCAUCUUAUAUGGGAACGGACCCGGUUACAAACUUGUUAAUGGAGCAAGAGAGAAUGUCUCCAUGAUAGACUACCAGGAAAACAACUACCAGGCGCAGGCAGCUGUACCUCUAAGCAUGGAGACUCAUGGAGGAGAGGAUGUGGCUGUGUUUGCCAAAGGUCCCCUGGCUCACCUUCUCCAUGGGGUCCAUGAGCAGAACUACAUCCCCCACGUGAUGGCAUAUGCAGGCUGUAUCGGACAGAACAGGGAACACUGUUUGUCACACAGUGGGGCCGCCUCACACAGUGCGACCUCCACUCUGGGCACGGCACUCUCUAGCAUCGCAGCGCUUUUCACAGUCACAAGAGUGCUUUGCUGACCUUUCCCCAUCAUCCUUUAAAUUCCCUUGUUUAAACAAGUCAUACUUUUUAAGUUCAAAUCUGUUUCUAUUUUAAAUAUCUGAAUCUUAUUUUACAUUUUUUGAUCAUGGGACCACUUUUAUGGCACUUCUGUGGAAAAAUAAAGGGCGAACAGAACCAGUUUUAAUCUAUUCAGGAAGUCAUAUAAACAUAAAUGAACUGGAAUUAGGGAUUAUAGUUUGUUUUGUCAGUAGAAUAGAUUUUAUGAAGGAUUUAAACACCACUCUGUUAAAUGUAAGCCCUGUUGGUUUGAAUAUUUAGAUUGGUUUAACAACAUGUUUCAUAUCGUAAAUGUGCAGUUAACAGAAUCUACCUCAUUUGCUGGAAAAAAAAUUGAUCAUGUAACUGUUGUGUUUUCAGAAAGGCGAGCUUAAAUGAAUUUCAAGCCGAAAUCAGAGGCAAAUGAAUGUAUCAUUAAAAAGAAAAAAAAAACUGUUUCUUGUCAUACAACUUGUGCAUCCUUGUAACAGCACUGAAAAAAGCCCACCUGCCAUUGUUGUGUCAAAUGACAAAAGUUGUUAAACCUUUUAAUCAAUUAAAAAAAUGUUAGUUUUCUGA